AUGGCUGACCAAGACAAAUCCUCGCUCGAUGCGAACAAGGGCUCCGUAGGCUCUCAAUUCCAGCCGGAGGGCAAUGUUGGCCAGGUCGGGGAGAAAGUCGGCGGCCCAUUUAGCAGCAAGGGUGCGGUGGGAAAGGAGUUCACGGACAAGGGCUCGGUUGGUAGCACCGCACAAUCCGCUGCCGAGCAGAUGCAAGGAGAGAAGAAGCCCAUUUUCGACAAGGACGGCGCGGUUGGCAAGCAAUUCCAGCCUGAGGGGUCAAUCGGUAGCGUCGGCGAAGCUGUCGGUGGCCCAUUCUCGUCGCAGGGCGCUAUCGGCAAGCAUUUUACAGACAAGGGCGCAGUGGGAGGAUCGGUUCAGGAGAACUUGGGCAGCGGAAAGAAAUAG